AUGUCACAUGGGUCGGAUCUCGCUGUCUGGAAGGCUUGUAUUCCGGAAGAGGCUGUCCGACACGACUUCCUGAUAGACGGACUCCUUGCGCUCUCCUCGCUCCACCUAGCAUCCAAGGACCCUGGAGAGGAGCAAAGACAUACCAAGAUCGCUUUCCAUUAUCAGAACACAGGGCUUCGGCAAUAUGCAAAGGCUCUGGAAAGUAUCACCGUGGAUAAUAAUCACGCGAUCUUCGCUUACGCGGACAUCACUACCGUGAUGGCACUUGCCGUUACUGUAUCUCAUCAGCAGAUGACCUUUGCUGACUGUACUGCGAGCUUAGUAUCAAUGUUUGAACUGCUUCAGGGCGUACGUAUAGUCAGUGAGGAAUCGAAAGACCCUUUGAGAACCGGUAAAUUCAGACUUCUCUUUCAUGGAAUCCCCUUGAACCUUGAGCAAACUGUGCCAGCUCCCGACGUCCUAGAGGCUAUGCUCGAUCUUCGCGAGCGAGCAGGCACCGUCACCAAAUAUGUCCAGCCAGACAGAUAUGGGGUAUACCUCUCCGGUAUCGAUCGCCUGGAACUGGUCUUUGGGCGUGUUGCAACAUCAGACCAUCUAGGUCCUAUCAUUGCUUGGCCGACAAUGAUCGAUAAGAAGCUUGUAGAACUGUUUGAGCAAGGCGAACCAAUGGCUCAGUUAAUCUUUCUGCACUACGGUGUACUCCUGCUCUACACACACGAUCGCUGGUGGGGGAAAGGUUUUGGGCUCCAGCUUAUCGAUGGCCUGACCGCAUUCCUUUCCGCUAUCGAUGCGGACUGGGUCGCUCAGACUCAGUAG